UCAAACAACGUUCUACACUGCAACUUCGUCUUUCUCCGACCGCCUUGUCUGCCACAGCCUGGUACGUUGUUCACUUCCAUGCUCUUUCUUCUUCGUCAUCAUGAUUCCUCGCCCCUCAAAUUCAAUCUAUUCCCUUUCUCACUUAAUUUUCACUAAAAACUCUUCUUUCUUUUAUUCUUCUUCGUCCUCUUCUCUAAUCACUCUCCAUGAUUCUGACUCAAAACCAGUUUCAAGUCCUUUUUACAAUCUUCUUCCACCGACCCAAAACCCCAACAACAUUGUAAACCUCAUUUCUUCACUCCUCAAGCAGAAAAGUUCCCAUCUUUCCCUUUUUCAGAACGAAAUCAAAGAGAUUCUUCCUCACCUGGGUUCCCAUGAAAUUUCUAGGGUUUUGCUUAGAUGCCAAUCUGAUCACUCUUCAGCACUCACAUUUUUCAAUUGGGUUAAAAACGAUUUGAGUAUCACACAUAGUGUGCAAAAUUAUUGCAUAAUUGUUCACAUUCUUGCUUGGUCUCAAGUUUUCUCUCAAGCUAUGAAAUUGUUGUCUGAAUUGAUACAAUUGAAUGUUCCUGAUGAGGAUAUUUAUAAGAGUUUGAUUGGUUGCACUGAGGAUUGUAAUUGGAAUCCUGUGAUAUUUGAUAUGCUUAUUAAGGCUUAUGUGAAGUUAGGUAUGGUUGAGAAGGGUUUGGAAACUUUUAGGAAAAAUGUUGAGGCUUGUUUUGUUCCUAAUGUUGUUGCUUGUAAUUGUUUGUUGAAUGGUUUGGUGAAGUUUAAUUAUAUUGAUGAAUGUUGGGAAGUGUAUGAAGAAAUGGGAAGACUUGGAUUACAUAGGAAUGUUUAUACAUUCAAUAUUAUGACGCAUGUUUUGUGUCGAGAUGGAGAUACCGAUAAAGUGAACGGAUUUCUUGAGAAGAUGGAGGAGGAAGGAUUUGAACCGGAUUUGGUUACGUAUAACACACUAAUUAAUGGCUAUUGUAGGAAAAGAAGGUUGGAGGAUGCUUUUUAUCUUUACAAGAUUAUGUGCAUUAGAGGCGUGGUUCCUAAUUUGAUUUCGUAUAGUGCGUUGAUGAAUGGUCUUUGUAAAGAAGGGAAGACCAAGGAGGCUCAUCAGCUUUUUAAUCAGAUGGUUCAGAAAGGAAUUGAUCCGGACAUUGUGUCAUAUAAUACUCUUGUAUCCGGUUAUUGCAAAGAAGGUAAGAUGCAAAUGUGUAGGUCACUAUUGCACGAAAUGAUAGGAAUCGGGAUUCGUCCCGACAGUGUCACGUGUAGGAUUGUCUUUCAAGGAUAUGCAAAGGAGGGGAAGCUUUUGUCGGCAUUGAAUUUGGUUGCAGAACUUCAGAGGUUUGGAGUUGCAAUUCCUGAAAAUUUAUAUGAUUAUCUCUUAGUUGCAUUGUGUAAAGAAGGUCGGCCAUUUGCGGCUCGAAGUUUUCUGAUAAGGAUAUCUCAAGACGGUUAUGUGCCUGAAAUGAGUACUUACAUUAAACUUGUAGAGUCUCUAUGUAGAUUCAAUAAUGUAGACGAAGCGCUGAUUUUGAAAUCCGAGAUGACAAAAAAGAGUAUGAAACUGAAUCUCACUACCUAUAAAGCUAUCAUAAGCUGCUUGAGUAGACUAAAAAGGACUUCAGAAGCUGAAGGCUUGUUGAAAGAAAUGGUUAGUUUUGGUAUUUUACCCGAUUUAGAAAUAGAGAGAGCAUUAAUAAAUGGUUAUUGUGAAGAAAAUGAUGUUGAAAAAGCUGUGUCGUUGUUGAAAUUUUUUGCCGAGGAGUUUCAAGUUUAUGAUACCGUUAGCUACAAUGCGAUUGUUAAAGUUUUUUGUGAGGGUGGUAAUGUGGCUGAGUUGAUGGAACUUCAAGAUAAGCUUGUCAAGAUAGGUUUUGUUCCAAAUAGUUUAACAUGCAAGUAUGUUAUCCGAGGAUUGCAGAAAGAUAUGGAACUCGACGACGAUAAAUUGGACCACAACAUGCUUGAAGUCUAAGUUGUCCCAAAAUAAGGCCGCGUUCGACAACUCACCUCAUUUUAAGAAGGUAGCGAAAUUGAUGAUAUGAUAAAUAUCUAAGCACUUGGAGAAUCCUUCUGAAAGAAGAACCAAGCCAGUUAAGGAUUGGGUUCCUCAGCAGAUAACCAGCAAAUUAUCUGCCGCAAUUUCUACUGCAAACACGUCAACCGUUUGAUAAAUCCAAGAUAAAUAUAGAGACUCUUUGAAUGUUUGAAUGAGUCUGAUCUGGUCCAAGUAUGUGUUCAAAUUGAUCUAUGAUUGCAAAGCUCGGGUCACCAUUGAAGAACCCGAACGCAACGAGCAGCGUAUGCCAUUGCCAAGGUUUGAGACUCUUAGGGGUAUGAAUGAUCCAUACAUUACUUCAAAGUCUAAUGUAUGAAAUUGAAUAUGCAAAUUAGUGUUCACGGAAACUCUACUGCAACCAAAUAAACACAAGAGAACAAAAAUUGUCUCAUGAACGAAUCAUUUGAUUUUGUUCUUACAUUAGUAUAUCAUGUUGUAUACUAAUUUCCUUGCUCACUGAUGUUGCCAUGAAAAGAAGAAUUGGUGAGAGUAUUGCCUGAUAUAAAUAUUAUAGGAUUGUUAAUUUAUUGAUGCAAAUUGAUGGGAAUAUGUGGAAGAUAUAUGUGUUUGCAAGAGUCGAAGGAAAGCUUGAAGUGGAAGAUAUUCUAUGUUGGACACUUGUUAAAACCCACCGCACUCCAUGCAUAUUGGUAGAGUAUACUCAGGCUGAAUAACUUCUUCAAAGAACUAGAAGACUUUCAAUCUCCGGAUGCCUAAAUUUGCCAAGAAUAUUGUUCAUUGAGUGAAGGGUUCUCUGUUAUUGUUUCAGUUUGUUGCUUGAAGUUAGUAGCUUUUUCUUUUUUUGUUAGUUCUUAAAAACUCUAGUCUUAAGGAAUAUGUAGCUUUUGAAUCGAGUCUUAGUUCUUAAUGCACCUUAGACAUCUCUAGUGCACUGCGUGAAAAUAUAAUAAUGUCUCUUAGAUUCUUGAAAUGCAUCUUCGGACGCACCAAAUACAUACUGAUUAGUUUGUUCGAGUCAGACCUUAAAUUUGUGUUGCGUUUUAUUCCGGAGAUGUAUCUUUGUAAAAUUUACGAUGAUGUAUUUCCGAAGCAUACUGAAGCAGAAGCAAAAAAAUAGAAACAAAAAGCAGCAUGUUGACAAAAUAAAAUUACCAUUGAUAGUAUAAAAUCAACAAUACG